UAGGAUAAGGCACCUCUAAGUAUUAGAAGAAGAGGGGGUUGUAGAUUUUUUUUGUAGCAAAGUUUCUCUUGAUAGUAGCGCUCAGACAUGCUACGCGUCACUCUUAAUAAAUUUAGCGGAUUCGAUGUGAAGGCUCUUUACCCUAAUGGCGUGCCAAAGCGCACAUUUCCAUACCGUGAGCACCCCAAGCAAAUAUCUACCGCCCCAACCGCUGGUGGCUUUUACCUAACCAAACAUGCGUUGGGCUGGCCGUUUCAACUUCCUUUCGAGUGGUUGUUUUAUCGAUCCCCUAUUAUUUUUUUUGUAGGAUGUGUUAUUUAUGACUUGCUUUUCGGAUUCCCAUUGCCCUUCAUGAAGGAAAUUCCUCCAGGCGCACCGAAGCAUUUCUUCUUUGGAAAUGCUGGCGGGUCUCCACAUCAUCUGUGGGAGUUUCAAGAUGGUUGGCAUGUGCAAAACAUGUCUGGUGGGCGGCGUUGGUGUGAUUAGGUUAUCUUGCAUGAGUCUGAAUUCAUUGCCACCGUGUCAAAUUAGGACUUGAUCAUUGUAGUAGGAAGAGCGGAAUGUUAUUUUUUUCUGCUCUCUCGUAGGUAUUUAUUACUAUUACCACUAUUGCUAUUAAUAUUACUAUUACUAUUAUUAUGAUUAUCAUUAUUAUUUUAGCGCAAUGCUCCUUUAGUAUGUCAUCUUCUCUUUUUGAAUGUCUCUUUUCUCAAGAUUUUAUUUCUGAGGAUGAAUGAAGAUAUUAUUGUUUCAGUGUGGUAAAUGCAUGUCAAGGAUGAAAUAUCUGUUUUGGGUGCAUUG